AUGGAAUUAAGUGAAAGCGAACCAUUACGACAACAACUCCAAGCAAAAUACAGAGAAUUACUAGGAGUAUCAUUAGAAAACUUAGAUAAGAUGCAUGACGUAGAAGAUGAAGAGGAACAAAUAAAUAUUACCAUUAAAAAUCCAUAUCAUGAGGAAUAUAAACCAACAGAAAACAAACCACGAGAUGUCGAAACAUUAGAAGAUAGAUGGUUACUAGAUCCAAACUUUGGACGAACAGUAGAAUGGAUAAAAGAGCAAGAUGAAGAUCAAUAUUCACAA